UGUAACAAAUCUAGCAAUAUAUUACAUGACCAUACUUAUAAACCACUACAUAUACAGUAGUAAAAUAAUUAAAUCACAAGUAACAUAUAAAUUGUGCAAAACCUCAAAGUGAUUUAUUUAAAAAAAAAAUACAAAUUGAGUAUAUUUUAUUCUUUGAAGUUAAAAAAAAAAAAGGCUAAGAGAAGUGUGAAAGUUUGUUAAGCUUGUUCAAAGUAUGUCAACGUCCUAAUUACAUAGGGCAACAUUUAGCAAUCCUCUAUAUUUUUGUCCUCCUACCCAACGAAAUUAGCCAUAUGGGUUGGGCCAGAUUUUUAAGGCCCGACACUGAAUAUGACCGGCCCAUAUUCGAGAGAGAGCGAAGAACACGGAUGACUAAACACUAGACUAUCUAUGGCGGCAACAUUUUUUUCCCGCGAUGAUCUCUUCAGAUUCAUCGUCUUCUUCAUCUUCAACGUCGUUCGUUCUUACAAUUCUUGUAAUACAGAGGUGAUUAUCUUAUGGAAGGAACACAUCAAGGAAAGGGAUUAUGAGCUCGAUCGUUCUUCCGAUGGCAACAACAAUUUGCUGGUUUUUCUGCUGAUUGAAUCCGUUUGUAAGUGUUGUGGUUUGGGAGAUGAGCUGGUUCAGUUUUGUGUGAUGAAGGUGCUGUUAUCGGCGAUUCGAUCUCCGUUUGUUGAGUUUAGAGUCAGGUAAUUAAAGCUACUAACCCAACAAGCAAAAACUGGUGAUCAUUAUACACAAUCCAAGCAUUAUGAAGUUCAAUAUACCCAUCAGUAGUUAGCUUACAGGUGCGUACUAAAAAACUUCCUAGUACUUUUUCCUCAAAAAAAAAAAAAAAA